AUGCCGGAAGAAUGGCCCCGUGGAAUCUCGGACUGGACGGAAACCUAUCGGCCACGCCUCGAGACCUUUCUUCGGGUGCUCAAAUGUCGAGAGGACGUUGCUAUUGCCGAUGAAAGCUUGGUUGAAGGACAGCGUCUUUCCGAGAAAAUGCGAGAAAGCUGGGAGCAUGGGGACUUUUGGGUCAACUAUGGUGCUAGGAAGAGUUGGGCGUUUGAUGAUGUAUGGCCGAUGAUAGACGCGAAGUUGUUCGAUGGUGAUACUUCGAUGCAUAGCGAGGAGAAGUUGGAGUUACUUGGGGAGGAGGACAGAGAGGCAAUAGGGCCCUUUAUCCAGAAGAAAUUGGAAGAUAUGAAGCAGCGGAAGUUAGACGACUGGGAUGCAUAG